GCCAAACUCGGGGAAUAAGAAAAGAAUAAAGGGAAGGCACAGCAAGGGAGAGAAGGGAAAACUUUUCAGCAUAGUUUUUGGAAGUAAUGGGUCCAAGUGAUGCCUGUGCCCAUCUGGAACAACCUUGUGGGUAUCAUACGAGGGUAAUACCCUCCCCCUCCACUCAAAACCACAGACCCUUUGAUUUUUUCCCUAUGAUUCUCACUUCCCAACACUCUGUGCCGACCCGUUAUCUUGAAUAGACCUUAGUUCACCUUCUGAUUCCUCGUCUAUGAUAAGAAUUCUGGGCUGGGAAAUUUUCGCUGAGUCAUCCCAUUUGGCUACCGCCCCGGGACAGCAGCUUCCGGAGCUGCCCAGGACCAGCUCUCCAUCCCCCGGGCAGCGGUUCCCCACGUGACCGCCGCCCGCCAGGCCGCAGCCUCAGCUCCUCCUCUGGCUCUGGGGGCCUGUUCUCUCCAUCUGAGUCUCAACUGAUGCAUGGCCUCAGUUCCAUGGGCCAAAGACAGAGGAGAAGCCCGGGCCAGCCCCUUGCCGUCUCCACCUCCCCACCCAAGAAGAAAAGGACGUCUGUGAUGUCAUUCUUUUCAAAGGUCUCUUGGAAACUGAGGUUCCAGAAGCGGGAGUCUCUGAAGAACGCACUCUUCAUCCUGGCAGAAAGAGCCCGGGACCCCAGCGCUAAAAAGCGCCACACGGCCAUGAGAGGCCUGGGAAGCAUGGCCUGGAAAGCCCCGGACAAGGUGAGAAAAUAUAAGAAAAUCAUCCUAGACCUGCUGGUGCAUGGACUGUACGACCCCGUGAGUUCUGAAGUCAUCCACGAGAGUAUGAAGACACUGACCAUCAUCCUGGGCAAGAUCCAGGGGAAAGGUCUGGGCUCCUUCUUCAUAGACAUCACCCUUCAGACCAGGACUUUGUUAGAUGACGAGAGUGACAGCCUGAGAUACUCAGCCUUCGUCUUGUUCGGGCAAUUGGCUGCCUGUGCUGGGCGGAAAUGGAAGAGAUUUUUCAGCAGUCAAGUGCAGCAGACACGAGAUUCCCUCCUGAUCCAUUUACGGGAUAGAAAUCCCCAGGUUGCCAAGGCUUGCAAAACAACUUUUCGAGCCUGUUCCCCAUAUCUGAGACCGAGGAGGGGAUACAGCUUCCAGAACGAAGAUGAGCAAAGGAACCCUAAACUCUGCCGACAGCUGAGUCACUGUCAUCCAGAGCUCCUGCAGUUCUUCUAUGCAAAUAAAAUUCUGUAAACACAGAGCAGCAGGGAAACGGUCCCAGACGAGGAAACCAAGGCACAGAGAGGUUAAGCAACUUGCCCAAGAUGACACAGUAAACGGUGGAGCCAAAAUCCAAACUCAUACAGUCUGACUUGUGGAAUCCACACUCAACUACCAUGCUAUGCUGCCUGUUUAUGGAAUAACUGAUGGAUGGUUAGAAAGAUGAAAAAAAAAGAACUUCUGCUCUUGUAUAAAACCCAGUUUAACUUAUGCUUUUGUAUGUACUAAGUAUACAUUUUUAUUUACUUAUGUGAGCUAAAGGUUUAUUUCUAUUGAUCACAGCUUGGCUAUUUUGUCAAUUUUUUGGUGAUCAACCCCAAUUAUUUGAUUAAUCACAUCACUCUUAUAAAAGGUUUUCUAAAUGCUCUUACACUUUUGCUCAGUUUGUUCUUUCUGCUUUGAAUCCCCUCUCUCUCCAUGCUCCCCAGUGCUCCCCCAUCUCUCUCCCCACCCUCCACCCUGCAUGCACACUCUCACAUGUAUCUUUUACCCAUACUCCAAGUAAGUCAAAUGCCUGAUUCCCUCAGUCAGGAAAGAGCUCUCAUCUCUGAAUCCCUCAGAACAUUCUAGCAAUCUUAUGCCACCUGUCUCUUCUAAAAGUUUUUUUACCUACCUGUCUUUCUUCUCCUGUUAGUUUAUAAGCUGCUGGAGGCAGUGCCCUAUCUUCUAUAUCUUUGUAUCUCCCACAUGACCUCAAAUGAGCUUAGUAAAUGAAUGUUGACUGGGGAAAAAAGUCAUCUGAGGCUAUUAUUCCUUCUUGGGAGGAGCCCAUUUUGUUAAAUGAAGGUCACAAGUUCACCCCCUUAUAAGCAACAGACAGGUUACUUUCAUGCUUAUGAAUUUUUAAACUUCCUUUUUCCCAUAAGAUGCCUGUUAAUUUGAAAGUCAACCUAAAAAUAAUGCUUUGACAUUUCUUACUUCUAGACAUUAGAAAUAGAACAGUUAAAUGAAUGAAAGGAAGAAAAAGGAAUUUUCUCUAAGUGUUCAGGGUAGAGAGAUACAUAAACUUGAUCCCUGCUUUCAGGUUGCUCAUGAGAUGGAUCUUUCAGAAAGAGGGGAGAGAGGAGAGGAAAAAGGCAAAGAAGGGGAAGGUUGAGAACAUAACAGAUGCAACCAGUGCUGGUUGUCAGUGUGAAUAAAAUCCUGUGAAAUUCCAGUGAGUAGAGUAAUUAAUUGAGGGAACAGUUCACAUGUUAGAGCGAGCAGUUAGUCUUAUAAAUAAGGUAGGUACACAUUUGUGCUUUCCUGUGUUUUCCAAGUUUUCUGCAAUAAGCAUGUAUUAUCUUUAUGAUCAUAAAAAUAAAUGCAAGAGAUGCCCUUGUAAAAUAAAAAAGAAAUGCCUACCAGUAUGUAAAGAGAUGUGCUCCAGAAAGCCUGGGAUGACUCUUCUUCAUGCUCAAUAGUAUGAAUUUACCUUCGUCCUUUUGUGACAUUUUUGUUUUAACCUGUUGAUGAAUAACAAAUAAAAUGGCUUAUGGUUGAUUAUCAGUU